CCUCAUGUUCUGUUGAAUGAAGCUUGAAUUUAAAUCGCCACUUUUCAUUUGACGAUGGUACGCUUUCCUCAACCAACGAUCUAGGGUUUUAAUUCAGCGGUAAAAUCAUCAGCUUUGAAUUAGCGUCAUCCAAAAUCUCUCCAUGAGGAGUCGGCUUUAGUGUUUAUGCCAACUAAACUUAAUGAUUAUGUAUUUUUCUCCAUACAUUGUUUCUGUUAUAAACAAUUAACUUUCACUGAUAAAAUACACAUUGUCGUGCAGCACCGGUCAUGAUUUAAGGCACCGUCUCGUUUCCAUUCAAUUGCAACGGAAUUAUUGUUAAGGUGUUCACGGCUUAACCUAAUACGCUGAUGUGAAUGUAAAUCAAUGGAUUAAAUUCUUUAAAAUAUAUGCAUUACAGAUAUUGUUACAAAAUAAAAGUGAGUAUUGUGGAAAAUGAGUGAAAGUGCACCGGUUAAUGAUGUAUCUGAGAGUAACGGUGGGCCAGAACAACCAACUUUCAAUGGAGAAGCUGAAGAACACACAAAUAAAUCACCUAUAAGUGCAGAGGAUAAAGCACCUGACUCUGUAUGCGACAAUGGAGUAAAGAAGAAUAAUACAAACUCUGGUAUUGGGAGUAAUACUACUAGUACAACAAAUAGAUCAAAGAAACGUAAAAAAGCUCCUAGAGAUGCAACUGCCCCUAAGCAACCACUUACAGGAUAUUUCAGGUUUUUAAAUGAUAGAAGAGAAAAAGUACGGAGUGAUAAUCCAACUCUAUCAUUUGCUGAAAUUACGAAACUUCUUGCCUCAGAAUGGAGCACAUUACCAACAGAUCUAAAACAACAGUAUUUAGACGCAGCUGAGCAAGACAAAGAACGUUAUAAUCGUGAAUUUAGCGAUUAUAAACAAACCGAGGCAUACCGAUUGUUUAAUGAAAAACAGUCAUUAGAAAAGCAACAAGAAAAUAAAAAAGAAAGGAACGGGACUGAUGUCAAUUCUGAGCAAAAUGACAUUCAACAGGAAAAAGACAAUGAUUUCACAGGAUUUGAUAUUCCUAUAUUCACAGAAGAAUUUUUGGAUCACAAUAAAGCAUGUGAAGCAGAAUUAAGACAGUUAAGGAAAGCUACAUCGGAUUACGAGGCUCAAAAUGCUGUUCUUCAACGACACGUGGACAGUCUAUAUGCAGCUGUAAAUCGUUUGGAAUCUGAAACAAAUCAACAACGCACUACUAAUCAGGCUUUACAGCGUCAUUUGGAUUCCCUUCGUUCACAGUUAGCUGGUUGUUUCGCAACAGUACCUCUUCCAGGCACACACGACGGUGCAACCUUACAAAAUAUUGACAGUUACGUUGAAAGAUUAGAGUCACUAUUAAACGGCAAUACGGAACAGUCAUUACGAAAUGCUGUGCGUAGUGCCGUGUCUCGUCUCGAAUUAAUUGGAUGACGAUCGCCCCCCGGUAGUACAACUACUACUUCAUUAAAGCAUCAUCGUUCGAGACACUCACAUCGAAAAUAGAUUAAAAAAGUGACUGUGUUGUUUUUUACAUAUUUUGUAAAAUACAAUUCUUUCUUUCCAAACAGAUAUGAUCGGUCAAACUUAUGUACGCUUCGUAGCUCGACAAUUAUAACAUAUCUGUACUAUAUGUAACAUUAAAAUAUUAUUUCUGGGUCAUAGUUUUAUGUUUGUACAUUAUUCUUAUAGAUGAGUAUAAUUUAUACAAUAUGAUUUCAUAAAAAUACGUAGAUACACAAAUAUAGCUAUUCAUUUAUACAACAAAUUAAAUAUACUUACUGGAUCUGUAGCAUAAUAUGGAGAAGUAUCUUUAAGAUACUAUUGAUUAUUGAUUAAUCAAUUUUUCUGAUUCAUAUUUUGUAUUUUUCAUAGCAUUUUGAAGUUGAUUCCAAGAAUACCUGUAAAAUUAUAUAAUUUUUGUAAAAUAAUUGCAGAAACAUAUUUAUUAAAAUAUCACCUUAAAGAUGCUGCAUUCGAACGACGAUUUUUCUCCAGAUCUAUUAAGGUACGUUCAAUUUUUGGUGACAUAGACUGUACUAUUUCAAUCUUCACUGAUAAGAUUGAUUGCAGAAAUUCAAAGGUAUUAUGCUGAUUUGUUGUAAUUAAUUUUUGAAUAGUGUUAAAUAUUGCAGUGUUUAACUUCUCUCUGAAAUUAUUACGUUUAUGAAUGAUAGUUUUAAAACCUUUGUGAAUCUAAGAAUAAUGAUACUGACUGUAAGAUAUGGCUUUCUUUGUAAUAUGGAUUUCUAACAAUAUUCUUCAUGAAAUCUAAAGUGUGUUGUUUAUGUGGAUGGUAAUCAUGAACUUUUAU